AUGUUUUCGUGGCUGGCAAGGAUAGUGUCGGCUUGCUUGAGACCGGUGAGGCGAUAUGCGCGUAUGAGCAAGGAUGAUUUCGACGACGCUGCCGCCGCCAGCGACGCGCUCGUGUGGCACCGGGACCUCGAGAAGCACUCGUGCGGCGAGUUCUCCUUCGCUGUCGUGCAGGCCAACGAAGUCAUCGAGGAUCAAAGCCAGGUAGAGACCGGCGCCGACGCUGUCUUCGUCGGCGUCUACGAUGGACACGGCGGCGCUGAAGCCUCGCGCUUCAUCAACGAUCACCUCUUCCAUAAUCUCAUGAGGGUUGCUCAAGAAAAUGGUUCUAUGUCUGAAGAUAUUAUCAGAAAUGCUGUUUCUGCUACUGAGGAUGGGUUUCUGACUCUUGUUCGAAGGAGUUAUGGAAUAAAGCCAUUGAUAGCAGCCAUGGGUUCUUGUUGUCUGGUUGGUGUUAUCUGGAAAGGAACACUAUAUAUUGCAAAUCUCGGAGACUCCCGUGCUGUGAUCGGUUCUGUAGGUAGAUCAAACAAGAUCGUUGCUGAACAGUUGACCAAAGAGCACAAUGCUAGCAAAGAGGAGGUUAGACGAGAACUCAGGUCUUUGCAUCCAGAAGAUUCGCAAAUUGUAGUUAUGAAGCAAGGAACCUGGCGCAUUAAAGGCAUCAUCCAGGUAUCAAGAUCCAUAGGAGAUGCAUAUUUGAAACGCCCGGAGUUCUCGUUCGAUCCAUCGUUCCCGCGGUUCCACCUGCCUGAACCUAUCCGCCGACCUGUGCUAACAGCAGAACCCUCCAUAUGUUCAAGAGUUUUAAGACCUAAUGAUAAGUUCAUUAUCUUUGCAUCUGAUGGACUUUGGGAGCAUUUGACAAACCAGGAAGCUGCUGAGAUUGUUCAUAACAAUCCAAGAACCGGGAUUGCAAGAAGACUUCUUAUGGCGGCUUUGAACGAGGCAGCUAGGAAAAGGGAAAUGAGAUAUAAAGACCUUCAGAAGAUUGGAAAGGGGAUUAGGCGUUUCUUCCAUGAUGAUAUCACAGUGGUUGUUGUCUUCAUUGACCAUGAGUUGGGUAGCAAGAAGGUUACAGUUCCUGAGUUGUCCAUCAAAGGGUUUAUUGACACAGUUGGACCAUCAAAUUUUAGAAAUUUGCGGGGAUUGGAAUGA